CCGCCCCCCGUCUCCGCCCCGCCUGGCCCCGCCCGGCCCCGCCCCCGGCCCCGCCCAGGCCUGCAGACGCUGCACCUGCUGACGCUCCAGGGCCGCUACGAGCUGCGGGUGGAGCUGGAGGACUUUGAGAACAACACGGCGGCCGCCACCUACGGGGCCUUCGCGCUCUCGCCCCGCGCCAUCAGCGCCGAGGAGGACGGCUACACCCUCCACGUCGGCGCCUUCGUUGACGGCGGGGCCGGUGACUCCCUGACCUAUCACAACGGGCAGAAGUUCUCCACCUUCGGGGACCAGGACCUGUACGUGCAGAACUGCGCCGCCCUCUCCUCGGGCGCCUGGUGGUUCAAGAGCUGCCACUUCUCCAACCUCAACGGCUUCUACCUGGGGGGCGCCCACCUCUCCUACGCCAACGGCAUCAACUGGGCCCAGUGGAAGGGCUUCUACUACUCCCUCAAGAAGAGCGAGAUGAAGAUCCGGCGGCUCUGAGGGAGGCCCCGCCCCUCCCCCGCCGCCACGCUCAUGGCCCCUCCCCCGCAGCCGCUAUUAAACCCGACCACCCACC